AUGGGCCAGAAGCCAGAUGAGCGCCUUUCCGCCUUCCCUCCGCUGCGCCUCGCGGCGGGCAGAGCGCUUGUGCCGCGCUUCGCUUUAGGCCGGAACACUCUUUACUACUGGGUGCAAUCCAGCUUCCGAAUUCAGUGGAAACCACAGGGUCAACAUUACGAAGAGGAAAAACGGGCUUUGAGCCAUGAAAUAAUUGCACUCAAUAAUCACUUAAUAGAGGCCAAGGUGACAAUAGAUAAGUUGUCAGAAGACAAUGAGCUCUAUAGGAAGGACUGCAAUUUAGCUGCUCAGUUGCUCCAGUGCAGCAAGAAUUACGACAGGGCACAUAAACUUUCGGAGUUGCCAUCUGACUUUCAGGAAAGAGUCAGCAUCCAUCUGGAAAAACACGGGUGCAGCCUUUCUGUCCCCUUGUGCCACACAUCUUAUGCUGAUACCAUACCCACUUGCGUCAUUGCCAAAGUACUGGAAAAACCAGAUCCAAACAGUUUGUCUUCACACUUGUCAAGCCCAUCUACAAGGGAUCUCAACUUUCAGGACUCUGCUGGAAAACUCGGACAAAGACCCCAGUACAAGUCGGACAUCUACUGCAGCGACACCGCCCUUUACUGCCCCGAGGAGAGGAGGAGGGAGAGAAGGCAGAGUGUGGACACGCAAGUGAAAGACGUGGGGUUCCUGCGGUCCCAGAACUCCACGGACAGCACCGUCGAAGAAGACGGUUUCCAUUCCAGCUUCUCUCAUGAAGCCUUCCCAGAGUACAUUACCUCUCUGCCGACCUCCAGCUCCUAUUCCAGCUUCAGUGUCACAUCUGAGGAGAAGGAGAACGCCCAAGCCAACACUCUGACAGCCUCUCAGCAAGCGAUCUACAUGAGUAACCGAGACGAACUGUUUGAAAGAAAGUCACCUGCAGGUUAUGAGCAUCAGGGAAGUCCUAGGUUUGCCAAGUCCAAACCUGGGCAGCACAUGGAGCUUGCCGAAGACAAUGAGAACUCACCCACUUUUACUAGGACUCUGCCUCCUUAUGCAAACGAGCCUUUUCAUUUCUCAGCCAUAACACCACAGCAGGCUUUAGCGAAUCAGAAAAUGAGGAACGAGUGCAGGAGCACCCACCUUUCAGAAGAAGAUUUGCCUGGGCGAUGGAGGCAAUUGAGCGUGGAGGACAUUGGUGCGUACUCUUACAGGAACACUGGCAGGCUGUCGCCCUGUAGUUUUUCAGAGCAGUACUACAGCAGCCCUAUUAAGAAGGGAGACAGUCGAACAAGCCCCAUCUAUGCUAGUUACAAAGCAGAUAGCUGCUCAGAGGGAGACGAUGUCUGCCAAAGCAGACUUGUGGAUUCUUGCUUCCUGAGAACAGACAGUGGCCUGAAUAUCGACAUCAGCACUAGCUGUAAACAGGACAAAUUGCCCCCUUACAAAACAAAAGAAUCAAGAGACCAAAAAAAUGAAAGGAUCACCGUCCAGUUAUGCAGUAGCAAAAACAUCGAAAAUAGCCCGGUAUUGAAAAGGGAAUACGUGGACGUGAGCCCCAACAGCUCAGCAGAGUCCCUCAAUCAGAGUUCAGUGGAGGCUUCAGAAAUCCACCAGUCUUCCAUGGAGCAAGGAAGCCAUUCGGGUAUUCACAGCAAACAGCAGCAGUUUCAACGGACUGGGAGUACUGGUUUGAGUCGGAAGGACAGCCUUACAAAAGCACAAUUAUACGGAACCCUUCUGAACUAG